AUGGAAAGUGAGAAGGAACAUAUAAGACACUGUUUGGUAUACGAAUUCGAGAGUAUGGAAGCCGCAGCAUGUCGCAGUGUUUGUCAAGUUUAUGAGGAGGAUGCAGUAGACGAAAGCUCAUGUCGUCCAUGGUUUCGUAAAUUUAGGGAAAGAGCCAGAAGCUGCCAAGAUCAGGCUAGGAGUGGACGGCCAUCACACAUUGCAGAAGACAAUAUUUACCAAGCCAUAAGGAGCAACCCGACCCCAACUGUGCAGGGAUUAGAGGAGACCUUCAACGUACACCGGAAAACAGUCGAGACACGGCUGGUUAAGUUGGGUUUUACGAGAAAGUUGGAUCGUUGGGUUCCACAUAACCUGACAGCUAAUCAACGGGAUGACCCAAUCGCCAUCUGUGUUUUUCUGCUUUCCCGGCACAAAAACGACCCAUUCUUGACACGAAAUGUGACAGGAGAUGAGAAGUAG